AUGAAGAAGAAAUCACCUGAUAAAGACGUUAAGUGGCUGGAAAUGUACAGUCGCUUCAUCUUUAGGAAAAACUUCUCUUUUAAUAGAACAGAAUUGGCCCGAUUAGGUGACUCUUUUACUAGUUUAUCAGUUGAAAGUAAAAACACCGCAAAUUGUGCAACUCGAGUUAUUUCUAACUCGAAGAGUUUCCCACAGUUUGCAAGUUUCUCACAGUUUACAAGUUUAUUGAGAGUUUCUGAAAAUAAUAAUUUCACUGGAUUUCCACUUCGAAAUUCUUCGCUCAGUAUUCGUCAUAGCCAUUUCGCAGCCACCUCUAGACAGAAAUUUGCGUGGCCUACUGUUUUAGUAACAACAUUCAUUGGCUUUGCAGCAGUUAGCUCGUACUAUAACUUUUCUUUAAACGAAUCACAAGAUCAUUCGCUUUCUUCAAUGGCAGAACUCGCUUCAGAAGACAGCCAUAUAGCUGUUCAAAAUAAAUCAAUGCUUGAAUUGAUCCGAUCUUUGAUAGUAUAUAAGCUUUGUUCAUAUCAGAUGCUGAUUGAUCAGGCACCUUAUCUUAUUUCUUUUGCGGAAAAAUUGCAUCUUGGGUCUCCUAUGUAUUGGGUGAUUAGGAAAACCUUCUUUGCUCAAUUUUGCGGCGGCGAGACAGCCAAGGAUUGCGUGAACACGAUAUAUAAUUUGAAAAAACAUGGAAUUGGAUCGAUCCUUGAUUUGUCUAUCGAAGCAGAUUUUAAUGACGAAAAUGAUGAUCCGAAUAAUGGUAUUGUUCGAAAGAAAUGGAAUGAACAAGCCGAUCAUGUUGCACGUAUGAUUAUUCAGUCCAUUGAAACUAUUGCCACCGAACCAAAUAGUUUUGUGGCUAUCAAAAUUACUGGUCUCUCAAAUCCAGUUUUCUUGAAGCGAUUGUCCACUUUUUUAAACUCUUUAUCAAGCACAUUUUAUAAGCACGCUACUAAAAUUGAUAACAAACUCAACAGAUCUGAAUUUAACUUGAUGAUAAGAGAGAUCUUUCAAACUGAUUCGGACAAUAUUUCAAGGAAACUUUUCGAUACGGUGGACUCUGAUAAGGACGGUGUUAUCAACUGGAUUGAUUUUAUAAGCGUACUUACGUUAGACAAUGGUGAAUUCAGAGCAUUACUUUCUGCUACCAAUAAUACGUCAGUGACAAACGUAGAUGUGGAAGAUUACGAUAGAUUACUGGAGCGACUAAACAAAAUAUGUGAAAUUGGCCAACAGAAGAAAGUUCGAAUUAUGAUUGACGCAGAGCAAUUAUAUUCUCUACCAGCUAUUGAUCACGUAUCCCUAACACUUGCUCAUCGAUACAAUAAACCAAAUAACAAACACGGGCCUAUUGUAUUCAACACGUAUCAGAUGUACCUGAAAGAUGCUGGAACGCGACUAGCCAUGCAUUGUGAACUUUCUUGUCGUCAUCAAUUUGUAUUUGCGGUCAAACUUGUUCGUGGAGCUUAUAUAGUAAGUGAGCGUAAGCGUGCAGCCAUCGAAAAUUAUCCCGAUCCUAUUCACGAUACUUUGCAAGACACACAUGAUUCAUAUAAUCGUGGGGUUGAAUUCUUAAUUAAUAAACAAAGUGAAGCGCAGAAAAAUGCAGGGAACCCGUUAGAUAUUGCGACUAGCCCUGUAAUUUUUAUGAUCGCUUCACAUAAUAAGGAUACGAUAAUUCGUGCGUGCAGGUUAAUGGAUGAUCUUGAAAUACCAUCAAAAUCCAGUUUGGUGCUAUUCGGACAAUUAUUUGGAAUGUGUGAUCAUAUUUCUUAUACUCUUGGUAAACACGGUUAUACUGUUUACAAAUACGUUCCCUAUGGCAAGAUUACUGACGUAAUACCGUAUUUAUUGCGUCGUGCUCAAGAAAAUUCGAGUAUUCUUGGUGGGGGAGUAUUGAACGAACGACAAAUUUUAUGGAAAGAAUUUACUAACCGAUUACUUCAUCCUAAACUUACUUUAACUGACACACCUUCUACUUGA